AUGCUUUCUGUGGGAAUUAGACAAUCUCUGAGAGGUGCACGUGGACUUAGACUGCAGUCCACUGCGACAUCCGGACUUACGUGGAGCGAAUUCCUACAGCUGCGCAAGUCACAGCGUAGGAUCAACUUCACCACGUCGAUCGUGACCGGAUUCCUGGGUUCCACUUUUGCAUGGGGAUACGUUUCGACGUUGUCGAUUGACCCCACUGAGAUGAUAUUUGGAAUGGAUCCCUUCACGGUGUAUAUUGGAGGAGUUAUGGUCGCUGGUGGAAUAGGGUAUGCCGUGGGUCCUCUGUUUGGAGACGCCAUAUUCAAGUUCGCCAACCGCAAAGUCCUGCCAGAUUAUGCAACUAGACAGCGUCAGUUCUUGAAGAGGAUUAUCAAGAACCGUGUGGACGCUGCAAGACAGUCCAUGAGCAACCCUGUGCCGGAUUACUAUGGCGAGAAGAUUGGGUCGCUUGCGGAUUAUAGGCAAUGGCUGCGGGAUUGCAACACUUACAGGAGGAAGGCCCGGGAGUUUUUGUGA